UCGGAGUUCUACAACCAGGGUGUAGCAAGGGCAAUAGGACCAGGGUUGAGGAAGAAACGGAGUAACAAGCAACCAAAGCAGCAGAGGAAAAAUGCUAUCUAAGUCAGAAGGAAUAUAAUAACUGCUGGUAUCUUCCUAAUGUCCAAGAAGAAUGGCACACCCAACAAAUAGAAGACCAGAGAACUCCAAAAUCGACUGGCAUUUGCCUACCAUUUCAUCCUCUGCAUCAGCUCAUCACAUGAGUAGAGAGCUUUUUGUACUCACCUACGGUGCUUUGGUCGCCCAACUGUGUAAGGAUUAUGAAAAGGAUGAAGAUGUAAACAAAUAUUUGGACAGCAUGGGAUACAGCAUCGGCAUCAGAUUGGUUGAGGAUUUCUUGGCUCGCUCUGCUGUGAAGAAAUGCCGCAGUUAUUCUGAAACUGCAGACAUAAUUGCACAGGUACCCAAGGAUGCUGAUUCGCCUUCGUUUGGCAAGGCUGAGCCAAAUUCUUACCACUUUAUCUCCAGUCUGCCCCCCUAACAGCAGAC